AUGGCGUUUCUUCGCGGAAUUCCCGAGACUAUCUGGAACUAUGUCAGUCCGCGCAAGAUACAACACCAGCGGGAGAAGCCGUUCGCGUUCAAGGCGCCCGCAAUCCCCACCCGAGUCACGACCCUUCCUAAAAAGACCUCACCACUCACACGGGAGAUGAGUCCAGAAGUGCCUGUCAAGACAUGCGAUCCGCCAGCCUCAAACUUCAACAUCGACGCGACCUUGUUGCCGCCGUCCCCUCCAGCAUCAGCCGUCUCUUCCAAAGACCUAGAGAGCGACAUGCUAGCCAAAAAAUCACCCGCCACGCGAGACGACCUGACAGAGGGCUCUUCUGCCGACUUGUGGGAUGCGAACGAGGAAACCAUGGUUGUCGAUGACGGAACUUACAUGAUUGCACAGAAGAAAGUGAAUCACGACCAAGAGAGGCAGAGACAGGACCAGCAAGCGCGUGAGCUGCGCGAUGCUGGUUGGUCUGAGGACGCUGUCUUCCUUUUCCAGAAGCUGGGCAUGCGCGGCUUCGAGCCAUUGAUGCCCAUCAGCUGGAUCGCUGACCUUGAGACCGUUCCCGCAGACCUCUUCACCGAGAACAUUGACAAGGCAUUCAUCAAACCAGCCUAUGGCACCGAGCACAGUGCGCAGUAUGCUCUUGAGAAGCUCUUCGAUCUGGGCAGUGUCUCUCGUGACGCUUGGCACACACGCACGAAGCGGGCUCCUCAUUUCCAGAUUGGCAAGGCCGUCAAGGCGUACACGAAGUGGGCUAUGAAGGAUGGCGGAGUUGAACACCUCUGGUCCCAACUCCCGCUAUUCCAGACCGUCACCUUCUCAAAGCAUGUGCACCCGGCGGUUGGAGAGCGCAAGAUGAUCGAAAAGCUCGAUCGUCUGCACGAGUUGUGGUAUGAUGCCCUGCAGAUCGACCAGGCCACAGACCGAGGAGAUUCCAAUGUGCCUGAAGUUCCGACACUGUAUGGCAUUACCGCAACGCACACCGUUAUGGCUUUUGUGAGCUACGCGCCUUCGACUAAGAAGAACGAACAGUCUUCUGUGCGUCUGCUCGCCAUGUACGACUUCAUGCAGGAAGGUUGCGAUGUCUGGAAUUCCCUUGCCAUUUCCAUCUUCAUCAUACAUUGCAGGAACAGGAUGAUGCAGCUGAGGGAAUGGCUCCCCGAGCCAGAGAUUUCAAUUGAAGAAGAUCCUGAUCUUUGA